AUGAUGGAUUUUGAUGACGAUAUUGCUGUGGUUGGCAUUGGCUGCAACUUUCCUGGAGGUGAAGGUCUCGAAAAUUAUUGGAAAGUUCUAGUUGAGGGAAGGAACUGUACUGUGGAGAUUCCAGAUGAAAGAUUUGACUCAACAUUCUGGUAUGAUUCUGAUGAAAGCAAACCAGGGAAAACACAAGUUACUAAAGCUACUCUGAUAGAGGGAUUCAAUGAGUUUGACCACAAGUUCUUUGGCAUUACUGAGACUGAGGCAAACUACAUGGACCCUCAGCAGAAGCUCUUGCUACACUGUACCUACAGGGCACUAGAGGAUGCAGGAAUGCCCAUGGAGAAAGCAAGUGGAACUAGAACCGGGGUGUACAUAGGCCUCAUGAAUAGAGAUUAUGAGACGCUUUUAAACAACAGUCCCAGCACUAUAACCCACUACAAUGGCACAGGGACAGCCAUGAGUUUAGCAGCCAACAGGAUAUCCUACACCUUCAACCUCACUGGGCCCUCAUUUGCAAUUGACAGUGCCUGUUCCUCCUCUUUAGUGGCUCUCCACUUGGCCUGUCAGGCAAUUAGACAAGGAGACUGUGAAAUGGCUAUUUGUGGAGGUGUCAGCUGUAUUCUUGAGCCUCGAGUCUUUGUUGCUCUCAGCAAGGCAAAAAUGAUUUCACAUGAAGGUACCAGCAAACCAUUCUCCAACAGAGCAGAUGGCUAUGGCAGAGGAGAAGGCUGUGGAAUUGUUAUACUGAAACCUCUCCAAAAAGCUUUACAGGAUUUUGACCAUGUUUGGGGAACCAUCAGCAAAACAGCUGUAAACCAAGAUGGUCGCACUGUCACACCAAUCACAAAGCCAUCCAGAACCCAGCAGGAGGAGCUACUCACCAGAGUUUACCUUACAGAAACUGAACGCACAAAUGUCCAGUAUAUUGAGGCCCAUGGAACUGGAACGGCUGUCGGAGAUCCAGUUGAAGCAAGCAGUAUCUCUCGAGUCAUUGCCAAAUCCAGACCUCCAGGAUCAGGGCCUCUCUACAUUGGUUCUGUCAAGGCUAACAUUGGACACACAGAAUCUGCAGCAGGAAUUGCAGGACUGAUUAAGGUACUGUUGAUGAUGAAACAUGAAACCUUUGUCCCCACAGUCUUCUACUCAGAGGAGAGCUCUAGUAUAGAUACUGAAGCUCUAAAUCUGAAAAUUCCAACAGAAGUAGAAAAAUGGCAACGUACAGCUUCAAGUAGAAGAGUGGCAGGAUUAAAUAAUUUUGGGUUUGGUGGAACCAAUGCACAUGCAAUUAUCAAGGAGUAUAUUCAAACUCCUGUUUCUAAAUUAGCCACUCUGGAUUCAAAAAGAUUGUUUGUAUUGUCUGCAGCCACAAAUAAAUCCCUUGGAAUGUGCAUUGCUGACACAUAUCAAAAGAUUAGCACGGAGAAUCCUGUUGACCUAAAGUCUCUGCUGUACACAUCAGCGUGUAGAAGGACCCACAUAAGACACAAAUACAGGAAAGUCUUUCUUACAUCAUCUGUCUCUGAUCUAGGGACACAACUUAAAUCUUGUUUGAACAAAAUCUUCAUGCCAUGUAAGUCUGACCUGAGGUUAGUUUUUGUGUUCUGUGGUAAUGGAGUUACCUACAGAGGUAUGUGCAAGAAACUCUUGAAAGAAGAGCCUGUUUUCAGAGAAAAAAUCAGAGAAGUGGAAAGCCUCUUCCAGAAUUACACUGCCAUAAGCAUUGUGCAGAGAAUAGCCAACACUUAUGAUAGCAAUGAUAACUCAAAACCAGAGGUUGUCCAACCCCUCAUCUUUGCUAUUCAGGUUGCUAUUGCCAGCCUUUUGAAUCACUGGGGAAUUAGACCUGAUGCCAUCCUUGGACAUUCUGUAGGUGAAGUUGCUGCUGCCCAUUGCUCUGGUUUGUUGUCACUUGAGGAUGCAGUGAAAGUGAUUUAUUACCGAAGUAUCCUACAGAGCCAGGUCACUGGAGGAAAGAUGCUGGUUGUCGGUAAUGCCGUUGUAACAGAUAUUUUGAAAAUCCUCCCUGCAUAUGCAGGAAAAGUUUGUCUAGCAGCUUUAAACAGCCCUCUGUCUUGUGUACUGUCAGGCGAUGGUGAUGCAAUUGACAGUGUGCGUGAACAGUUAAACACUUCCUUCAAAAGUAAGAAUCUUUUCCUGCAUGUCCUGGAUGUCCCUGCUGCCUAUCAUAGUCACAUGAUGGAUCCUAUACUGGGCCCAGUCAAGGACUACAUAGGGUGUUUAAGUGAGCAUGACAUGAUCUGUGAACUUUUUUCAACUGUGACAGGAAAAAUAUACUGUCCUGGGGAUUUUACAACUGGUGAUUACUGGGCAAGAAAUAUUCGCAAACUGGUUGCAUUUGAACAAGCAGUGAAAGCAGCAGCCAACAAUAUGAAAAAUGUGCUCUUUAUUGAGAUAGGUCCAAGAGGUGCUCUUAAGAGGAACAUCAUAGAGACACUUGGAAAUGACACAACAGUGUUGUCAUCUGUGCAGCCAGAUAAAGAUCAUGCCACAAUGCUUUCAGUUGCAGCUAAACUAUUUGAACUAGGAGUUAAUGUAGACUGGGAUAAGUUCUACAGAGGUUUUGAAGCACCUCUUGCUCCCUUCCCAAGGUAUCAGUUUGAAUGUCUCAACAGGAAGGUAUAUUUUGAAGAAGUCAGACGGGGUAAUGAGUUGCUAGGUCAGUCUUCUCACCCACUGAUAAGUUCAAAUCAACAUGACAACAAAGUAUAUAAAUGCAAUCUUUCAUCAUGUUGCAUAUCAUACAUUUGGGAACACAAAAUCAGUGGUUUAGUUAUUGCUCCAGGUGCUUUGUAUGUUGAACUGGGUUUGGCCUCUGUCAUGGCAAGUGUUAUUCCAAAAAGGCCUCUUUCUGCACUCCAACUAAGCAUUAACUUUCAGAGCUUUUUCAUCAUUGCUGAGAAUUCUCCUCCACUUAGAGUGGUACUUGAGCCAUAUGAGGGCAAAACCACUUUUCAAAUACUUUCAUCCACAACAGUGCAUGCAUCUGGCACCAUUGACUAUAAUCGUGGACAGGUUAAGGUUGAAGAACCAUCCAUUGUCUUGGAUGCUGUAUUGAAACGAUGUCAGUUGGUUCUGAAAAGGGAACAAGUUUAUACCUUCCUUUCCCAGGGAGGAUUUGAGUAUGGGCCAAUCUUCAGACAGCUAAAUGAUGUCAACUAUGGUCAUGAAUUUAAAGAGGCAGUGACCACGGUCAGGAUCCCAGAUGGGUUGCUAAAACAACUUCAUGAGUACUGUCUACAUCCAGUGGUUCUGGACUAUUUUCUGCAGAUGACGUGUAUUGCGGCCUUUAGUACCAGCACAAUUAGACCUGGAUUCCCUUCUUCAAUCAGUAGUGUAGUGGUAUCUGCUCCAUUACGUGAGGAAAUGGUCAUGUACCUGAGGAUAACCAAGGAGACACCAGACUAUUUUGAGGUGUGUGGUUGUUUUGCAGAUUUAGAGGGAUGUGUGUUAAUUGAGCUGAAGCAUGUGAGGAUUACUUUCGUGGGAGGACACUGGAAUAUUGCUGAUUCUUGCUUCUUUUAUAAUGAGCUGCUCCCCAUCAUCAGUACUUUCAGGGUCUCCUCCAAACCCAGGGCUUUGGUCUUUGAAGACACACUGGGUGUGGCCAAAGCGUUGAAACCAUACUUGCACCCAGAAUCAAUUUUUGUCUCUUUAACUGACUUAACGAACUGGUCAACCAUGGUUCCAGAUCUGCUGCUGCAGUGCCAUGAGAGUGCUUCUGAUGCCAUUUCUGAUCUGACAGAGAUUCUGUUCAUUUGUGGCAUUCAGAAUAUUGGCAAGCUUAAAACUGAGACUGUUCUUGAACGUUUGGUUGAAAGUUGUGAGCUGUACCGCCAAGUUGUUAUGUCCUUGAGGAAGGACAUGGGCUCAUGCACAUUUCGUGUUAUAACCUACAGAUCAUCUGAGAUGACUGUUGAUUACAUUAGUCCUGGUUUAGUGUUAUCUGGCAUGACAAGGGCCUGUGCAGCAGAGAUAUCAAGUAUUUCCUUUCAGCUGAUAGACCUUGCAUCUGUAUCAAAUGAGGACAUUGAGAUACUGGUUCAUGUGAUUUGCUCAUAUCAGAGCAAUGCAUAUCCAGAGGUCAUUAUUAGCAAAGGACGGGCUCAUUCAGUGGUGAUAACACGCACUCCUAUUAAAAACACUGACCAACUAGAGCGAUGUAAGAAUUCUUUAAAACCUCAGUGCUUCACCCUUCAGACAGCUGACCCCUAUACAAUGUCACGCUUGUCAGCUGUUCCCUCUGAAGUUUCCACCAACUCACUUGAUGGGAAAACUGUUGAAAUUCAACUCCAUAAAAUUGGAGUUCAUUCUUCAGACUACUAUCCUGUCAGUAUCACAGAUAUUAAGUUUGGCAGGACAGUGUAUUGGAACAAACACACAAAUUUUAACCAUAAGCUUCUGAUGUUUGACUUCAGUGGUACUGUCACAGCUGUAGGGAAGGAUGUGAGAAAACUAACAGUUGGUGAUCAUAUCAUCUCUUGUUACCCCAUAGCUGCCUCCACCAAGGUUGUCAUUCCAGAGGAUGUUUGCUACAAAUCAGAGACUGCUCCGUUUUUGAAGGAAGUUCCCUGUUUAUCUUUUGUUAUGCUAGCUUGGGAGAUUUUAUGUCGUGUGCUACCCCGAAUGAAAAUACUGAGGGAGUUGCAUAUUUUCUCCUCCAUUCCUCACUCCGUUCUGCUUAGGGUAUUGACACUCAUGGCAAAAAAAUCAGGAUGGUGUGUUCAUGUGGAGACAGACUCCAAUGUAUUAUUCCAAAAUACACACCAGUGCUCUGUCUUUGUUUUGUUACCUCCUUACAACCAAUCCAUGGUGAGCAGACUUGGCUCCAGUGCCACUGCUAAGCACAUUAUUGUUGUCUGUGACAACAAGGAGUCAUUUCCCUUCGCUUCAAAUAUGCUUCAGCAUGAGAAUGAGAAUGUGUGCUUCCAUACUAUUCACAUAUCUAAAGUUCUCCAGAGAGCUUACCUCAAGUCACAGAGAGCUGAGGUACACAAAUGGCUGAGUGCGAUGUAUCUCAAUGUGAGAUCCAUAACCAUACCAAGCAGAAUCAUUCAAAUCAGAACACCAGGUGAAACCAUGGUUGCUGACUCUGUAGAGCAUUCUGAGUCUUACUUCACUGCCAAAACUAUAUCUUUAAUUGGGCUCAGUGAUGAUGGUUUAAAAGUCAACAUUUCUGAUGUCAGUUUGCUGUCAAAACCAAAGCCACUCUUUAUAAAGAAUGGUGUGUACAUAGUGUCAGGAGGCCUGUCUGGUUUGGGACUUGAAACAGUGAGGUACAUAGCUCACAAGGGUGGAGGGGGCAUUGUAACACUCUCAAGGAGUGGUCCAUCAGAGGAGAUGCAACUGGAGAUGAACAUCCUUCAAAAGAGAUAUGAGGUGACAAUUUUUAGUCUCCAGUGUGAUGUUUCUGCGUCUGAGCAAGUGGUAGAAGCUAUUUCUACCAUUGGAAAACACUUUCCAUCUUAUUCCAUUAAAGGAGUUUUCCACAGUGCUGCUGUGCUACAUGAUGGAUUGAUUGAGACACUUGACAGAUCACUCUUUGAAAAAGUGCUAAGACCAAAAGUAAGUGGUGCUCUAAAUCUCCACUAUGCCACACUGAACAGUAAAAUGGAUUACUUUGUGUGCUACUCAUCCAUCUCUUCUUUUAUUGGUAAUACCUCACAGGCUAAUUACGCAGCAGCCAACUCGUUUCUAGACACCUUUUGUCACUAUAGGCGUAAUCUUGGACUUACUGGACAAGCAAUCAACUGGGGACCUCUAAAUCUUGGCCUUCUGUGGAAUAAGCAAAACUUCCAACGAUUUUUGGAGGCCAAAGGACUGAUGAUUAUGAAUGUGCCAGAAAUUCAUGAGGCUCUUGAUCAUUGUUUGUUGGCAAACAACCCACAACAGGUUGUGUGCAAGUUUAAUUUCAUAAACUUGAAAAAUCAUGUGCUCUCCCAGAAUACAUCUCUGAAGGUACGUCUUUCAGCUCUGGUAGAGAGAGAACUUGAAAACACAAAUGUGACCAUAUCUGCAACUAAUCUACAGUCCUCCGCACAUGAAUAUGUGCGCAGUUUGUUGGCUGAAUUUAGUGAUAUGGACAUUGAUGAGCUCAGUGAUGAUGUUGUCCUCAGUGCAGUGGGGAUAGAUUCAAUGUUAGCGAUGACAAUACAGAACCGAAUAUUUCAGGACAGGGGUGUGAAUAUUCCCCUGGUAAAAUUACUGGACCCAGAGUGCACCAUAUCUACUUUGGUAGUGAUUCUUAAACAUACUGAGGAAUGUCAUAGAAAUAUCCUGUAA